AUGCGGGAUGCUCGGGAGAGGCUUCUCAGAGCUGCAACGUAUGGGAGCCUGCGAGAUGCUCGAGAGACCCUUUGUUGGUAUAUGUCAACCCAGACCCCAGACCCAGUAACUGGUGAAUUCGAGCUUUACCACCUUCAAGAGUCUAUCAGAGCAGCUAUUGCCAAUAAUCAACCGCCCCUUCUUUCCUACCUGUUCUUCAUGCGCAUCGGGGAACCCUCAUUUUUUGUUGAGGAUGCUCUCAGGGUUAGAUCAACUGCCGUUUUCCGGGUCCUUCUCUACUACGGAUGGGACAUUAACAAGCCGAGAGGGCGACAUCUUGCACCGGCACUAGGAUAUGUAAUCGAUGAUGGAGCACUGACCGAAUGGUUUUUGGAUAAAGGUGCAGACCCUAAUUCUACGUGCGAGUGGGGUCGUACGCCUAUGUCUAAUGCUAUGUGUGGAGUUUCGUUUGUCUCAAUAGACAUGCUCUUCACACGCGGCGCGGACAUAAUACAAGGUCAGCUUCUCCAUAAUGCAGUUUUGCGAGAUCGGCCAGAGCACGAGGUUAUCGAACUCGUGGAGCUGCUACUUGGAAAAGGUGCCACUAUUAAUGAAAUUCAAUACGAGAAUCAUCCUCAAACCUUCGCAGAACUUCAAGAUUUUUCGCUAGGCACGCCACUACAUUAUGCAGCACAAGCGGGCAAAGAAAUGGUUGUGUCUUAUUUGCUCAAUAAGGGGGCGGACCCUCUCAUUCGGAAUACGAAGGGUAGGACGGUAAUUGAGGCGGCUGGACAUGCGAGCCAGUCCGCGGUGGUAGAAAUGCUAUCUCACGUUUAG